AUGUCGGCGAGUCGCUGCUUCCCGGGCAGCAUCCCCAUUCUGGACAACCUCGGUGUGAUGGACGAGGUGCGUCGCGCCGCCUUCGUAGUCAAGCCCGGCGCAACAAUGAUCUGGGGCGUUGAACGCGAACCCUGGAGUUGGUAUUUCAGGGAAACACACGCCAGCAAUCCCCAUUCCUACCAAGUCUGGCGUCCCGACUUCGACGCCAUCCUGCUAAACAACGCUCGUCGUACCGGCGUGGACGUGCGCGAAGGCUGGCAAGCCACACAGGUCGUGUUUGACGACAAAGGCGCUGCCGCUGCCGUUCGCUGCCGUCCGGCAGAUGAUUUGUCCGAGGAAAUCGAGCUGCCAGCCCGAUACGUGGUGGAUGCGAGCGGGCAGAGCGGUGUGCUUUCGCGGCAGCUAGGUCUGCGGGAGUGGGACGAUUUCUUUCGCAACCUUGCGGUGUACGGCUACUACAAAGGCGGCAAAGGCCUGCCAACGCCCGACGAGGGAAACAUCCUCAUCGAAUCCCAGCCUGAUGGCUGGCUGUGGCACAUCCCCUUGCGCGAAGGGUGGGCAAGUGUCGGCGCGGUGGUGGAUGCAGAAGUCGGUCAGCAGGGCGUCCGCGAACUCGGCGCCCGCCGCUUCCUGGAAUCACAGGUCGCCGCCGCCCCUUAUCUUGCCGGGCUAUUGGAGUCUGCCACUUUGUUAUCCGGUCCGGAGGUGGUGCGGGACUGGUCAUAUCGCUGCCAAUCGCUGAGCGGUCCCGGCUAUAUUCUGGUCGGGGAUGCCGGCUGUUUCAUCGAUCCUCUGUUUUCGUCCGGCGUCCACCUCGCUUUGACCUAUGCCGCCCUUGCGUCCGUGGUUGUCGUCUCCGCAUUGGAAGACCCUACGAUUGCCGGUCCCGCCGGCAAGAUGUACGAGCAGAUGUAUUACAGGGAAUACGGGCAUUUCCGCGAGCUGGCGCGCCUAUUCUAUUCCAGCAACCGCACAGCCGAUUCGUAUUUCUGGGAGGCGCGCCGUCUGCUGGACGACGACCCUUCGCUCACGCCACGGCAGUCGUUCAUCCAACUGGUAGCCGGGCAACCUGCGCGAGGCUAUGAGCGUGUCGCGCUUUCGAGAGGGCUUCCACCGUCCGCGUUCGGCGACAGCGUUGCCGCGGUUGAGUCGGAGCGACAGCGCCGCCGGGAGCAGGGCUUGCAGCCUGAUAUCCCAUUGCGAUUGGCUGAUGGAGUACGCUUGCAGCGGCAGCCUGUCCUUGCCGAAGAGCGUUUCGUGUGGGGUGUGGGCCUGGUUACGGACGCGCAUCCGGAGGGCAUUCCAUGCAGCGCGCUUGUAUCGCAGUUGCUGAGCCGACUGGAUGGUGAGCGGGCUGCGGCGGAGGCGCUGGAGUUGCUCUAUGUGGACGGGGCGAUUACGACUUAG